CAAAAAAGUAUUUAAGAGUUUUCAGUCAUUAUUAAACGCUACCUUGUUUAUAAUCUGACUGACACUUGGGGUGUAAUGGAGGCUCCCAGGAUGAACCCAAGAGUUCUGUUAAUAUUUGUUUUUGUAGCUUAUUGUGCUGCCUUGACAAAGGCUGAGUACGAGGAUAAACGGUGCAUUUGCGUCUGCCCUGAUCCAUCUGUUGUCAAUGGCACCAAGAGUAACCGUAUGGUGUACAAGGACCCUGUUGCUCCAAGCAAAUGUGACUGUGACAACGUAGUUCUUCCCAAAGUUGGUGAUGACAUCAGGGGUCGAGAACAGGAAUUUUGCCCACGCUGUGAGUGCAAGUAUGAGAGCCGUAACAGCACCACCAUUAAGGUCGUUGUCAUUCUGGUGAUUUGGAUCAUAUCUUUGCUGGUGGUGUACAUGGGCUUCCUUUUGUGCCUGGAUCCUCUGCUCAACAAGCGACGCUCACAGCCCUCCUAUCAGGAGCACACCAAUGAAGAAGAAGAUGCAGGCGUCGUUGGGGGAGCUCCAGGUAUGGCCCAACCCCUGCGUGUGCGGCCCAAUGUCCUGGGUCGUGUGGGACAUCAGCAAGACAAGUGGAAGCGGCAGGUGCAAGAGCAACGCCGCAACAUAUAUGACAGACACACCAUGCUCAACUAAUAUUUGUUUUCACAUCUGUAUUUAUCAAUUGUAAGAAUGUCAGUAUAAUGUAUUGGAGGAAUAGAAUAUACAGUAUUAUUCCAUCAAUCUUUUCAAUACUUUUUUAUCUUCUUUCUUUAUUUUUGGUUUCUCCAUUCUCUUAACUUUGUAGCCAUAUCCUAGAAAAUUUACCUUGGUUGCUUAUAAUCUCCUUAAAUCUUUUCCUUGUACUACUGAAUUAACAUGGGCUGUAUCUUACCUUCCCUGAAUAUUUCCUUUCAUAAAUUAUUUCCUCUAAAUUGUCAGUACUGAAGUUUGUCUGUAACUCGGUCAGUAUGAAAAGGAUCAAUAAUUUUCAUCUCCUUGAUAGUGCUGAAUUUUUUGUCAAAAUAUGUUCUUAAUUAUUCUUUUCUUUACAAAUAACUAUAUCUCAUCCGCCGGCAAACGUUCCUCCAACACAUCCACCUUGAUUUGAUUCAAAUUCACAUUCAUUAUAUUUUUCUACACACACUUGUGGGAUGUGCUUAUUUAGAGUGUAUAUUAUAGAGAGGACUGGAAACUGAUACAGAGAUAGUGAAAUGUUUAGUGGAGGGACAAAAUGAAGGAGGCUUAUGAAAUUUAUUGAGGUAAGUCAGUAAUUUAUGUUUGGACAACUGUUAUUUGUUGUGUAUGAUGUUAAAAAAAUGCCAGGAGAAGGAUAUACUUAAUUGGACAGACUGAAGUCACUAUGUACUUCGCACUGUCACCUGAACCCCUUAAUUACAGUGCCACUCACCUGAGUACAGUACAUUUGUUUAUUGAGUAAGACAGCUCUUCAAGUUGAGUGAAUUAGCCCCUCGAGCACAGUUAUUUAACCAUCUGAAUAUAAUGACACUAUGCAGGGUCAGGGUUAUAAUCAUCAAACACAGGGACUAAGAAAUGCAGAUUUGGAGCUCCCCCCCCAACCUUUCCCUUUAAUUUCAUCCCAUACCAGAGAGAGACAUUAUGUAAUAGAUGAAUGAAACACACAUCCAUUCCCAUCUUUUUACUGAAUACAGUACAGGACUAUAAGUCUCAGUUGGACUCUGCCAGUUACAGGUUUUCCACUGUUUAUUCACUAUGCUAUUGUAACAUCUUACAUUUUAGAUCAGUGCUUUAUUAGCUAAAUACUGUAAUAUGCUUUUACUGUAUUGAAGCAUGGGGAGUACAAUAUUUAUAUAUGUCCACAUAUUUAAUUUUGUGUGUCGUCGUGCUUGGGGCUGGAAGCUCAUCGAAACUUUAUAUUUUGGUUGAGGGUUACAGUACUCUUUGUUUAUCAUUCUGAUCUGUUAUUAGAAUGAAUUAUUUCUCUCUCGGUUUUCUCUCCUCUCUCUCAGGUCUUCUGAAUGCAAAAAAAUUUUAUGAGCACUUUCAUGUGAAAGUUAGUAUGUGCAUACAAAUAUGUACAUGCACAGCACAUACAUACAUUUGUUGCAUAUGUGUGUACAUAUAUAAAUGAAUAUCUGGAAAAUUAAUUUGGUACAAUUUAGCUCCUUGUAUAUGUUUACUUUACCAUCUGUAUAUAUAGUCAGCAAUAUUGUUCUGUCUUAAAAAAGGGGAGCAGUGACUGAGUGGAUACAGUGUUCACUUCCUCUUGUAAGCUUCACUAGUUUUUACCUGGGGCAAACAGAGUCUAACCAACUGUGAAUGGCUAUCUGACUUAACUGUACAAUGUAUAGGAAGUGAAGGUAAUUAAAAGCAGUGCCAUGUACACUGCCUCCUUGUAUUCCAAAGGUUUAACAUACAGUGAGCUGUAUUAGAACUGCCCAUAAGAGGCCAUCAUGCUUGUGUGAUCCGUUUUCAUCAGCUCAUGAAGCUUGUAUAUCAUUUAAUGCCCCAGUGCAGUUAGACCAUAAAUUACCUUUACUCCUCGAUGUGAUGUAUUUCAAAACAAACACUACCUCUCCUGUUAUCUCAAUAGGGCUGGUAAGUGUGACUGCAACAUCAUUUCCUUUAUCCUUGUUUUUCAAAAUUUCUAUACAGUAAUCAUAUUUCGAAAAGUAUAACGAGUACAAUUUCAAAUAAGGCUAAUUCCACUUUUACAAGAAACCAUUUUAGGAUUACUGUACACAGAAAAAUAAAUUGCAUUAUGACAAGUGACGGAAGUGUAACUGGUAGCUCCACAUAUUCCCAUAUAAGGAAAGAAGGGCUACCAAUGUGAAACUAGAUGCGGGAACUUUGUAAAAAAAUAAAUUCCUGGUUUGUCAUAUUGUUUGACAUCGAAGGGGAGAAAUUUAUUUAUGGUCUCUCUACCUCGGAUGAGUUAAUGGAUAUUGAUGCAGUACUACUCCCUUGAGUCAUACAGCAGUCAUAUUAUUUUGCUUUUUUAUAAAGAAAUAUUCACCUGUAGACUUCAAAAUAUUAUAAGGAUUAUACCUGUACAGUAUACCUAUACAGUAGAGCAUAGCUUCAUUGAGGUACAGGUAUUAACAUGUACAGUAUGCUGAAAUUUUAAUCUGUGGGCAGGUGUUGACAAAGAAAUGUAUUAAUCAUUUAGCAUGAAGGCCAUAUUUAGUUGACAUAUAAAAAUCAUAUACCUGUACUGUACUGUAUAUAUUAGUUGACAUUGAAUGUUUUUAUAUAUACAGUAUAUAUAUUUAUAUAUAUAUACUGUAUAAUCAGUCCCUUAUUUAUGUAUAUUGGCAAAUAUAGAAAUAUGAAAGUUGUUCCUGCCUUUGCCUAACAGAAAUUGUCAUGAGGGCAAUGAUGAAAAUUUUUCCAAACAAGUACACUGUAUACUGGUAAAUAUUUGGAGGAUAAAAGAUUCCUGCCAAGAUCGGAUGUUAAAGGGUCACACUAUUAAUGUACAGUACAAGUAGUCUUGAGUAUCCAAGAUUAAUUUUUUCAUAAAGAUAUAAUUUUAGAAUGUGUACUGUUAAACAAGAUAAAGAAACAUAUUGACUUACCUGUUUAUUAUACAGUGAAGGUGCAUGAUGAAUUAUCCAUAUUGCAGAACAAGAAAUAAAAUAUCAGAGUACUGUAUAAAUGAAUGGGAGGAGUAAUGAAUAAUUAGUUUUUAAAGAUUAUGAAUGAUUUUGUUGUACAGUAUAUUUAAUAAAUUUACCAUGAGUUA